AUGCUUCCGAGCUCCGAGGUGGCCGGCAGCGGCGAGGUGGGCGGUGGGAAUUUUUCGUCGCGGUGGCUCCACUGCCAGGCGUUCCACCCCAUCAGCGGCAGGGUGAGGAACGCCCCGAAGAACGUGACGCGUCCCCCCGGUGCCUUACCCUCACCACCGCCGAACCUCCACGUCACGGGACCGAAGAACCAGAACCCCAUGCGCCGAGCAGUGAAGGGGCCGGCGCAGGGAGGCGCGGAAGGAAAGCGACAUCGUCCAGCAAACAACGAGGAAAAUCAGUCCGCAGUGGGGAUCCGGUCCGAUUUCGAAAAUGGGCCCAAGUCACAGGCUACGCGGCGUUCCUCCGCACUGGGGGACACUGGGUGUCAGUCUGAGAAAAGUGCGAAAUCGCCGCUCGGUUUCAAAGUGUGGGGGACUGUGGGUUCCCUUGGGAAAACGACACAUCUCCUUGCCGAUCCCCCGACGUGA